CAGUAAGUAGCACUGCUGUCCCCCACCUCCAUCUUAUCUCUGUGUGCCCUACACGCUGCCCAGGAGACAAUGGGCUGGUGCCGCCCUCCUCCCGGUGACUGUGUGGCCCGUGGUGACGUGCGGUGCUGCUGCUGAUGCGGCACGUUGGAGGAGGGCGCAUCCUCAGCAGCCGGUACCCAGGAGGCAGCAUCGGAGCCGGGAUCCAGUCGCUCAGCCUCACACCCCCCACCGCCCGCUAACUACCCCGUCAGUACAGACAUGCGGUGUUCUCCGCACCCAUCUACAGGGCCGAGGACCCCUUCUCCACGAAUGAGCACCUCCAUACUGCAGUGAUCCCUCAUCUACCUCCAGCACACAGGAAGACAUGAAGAUCUGGAGCACAGAGCAUGUGUUCAGACCUGCUACCUAAAUUUUAAAAAGGGAAUUACGGCUACUAGAACUUUUGUAUAUAUUGCUUCAGCUGCAAGGAUUAGUCCUGCCUCAGACAAUGAUUGGUUGAGUGGACCAUCUCUGCCAGGACAAGUACGUCUUGGAAGUAGCAGCCAAAGGGAUCAGUAAGGGACUGGAAGAUGUAAUAAAGGUUCAGAGGGAGUGAGGUAGUCACCCAUGGGACACAGUGAUAAAGGCAGCCAUGAGGAAAUACCCUAAUCCCAUGAAUCCUUGUGUAGUAGGUGUGGAUGUGGUUGAUCGUAGUAUGGAUAACCAAGGAAGGUUACACAGUUAUCGCCUUCUCAGCACAGAGUGGAGGCUGCCAGCUCUUGUGAGGGCAAUUCUCGGAACCAGCAGAACUUUAACCUACAUUAAGGAGCAUUCGGUAGUGGAUCCAGCAGAAAAGAAAAUGGUGUUAUGUUCAACAAAUAUUUCACUUACAAAUUUGGUUUCUGUUGAUGAAAGGUUGGUAUACACCCCCCACCCGGAAAAUUCUGAAGAGACAGUUCUUACACAAGAAGCCAUCAUUACUGUGAAAGGAGUCAGCUUAAGCAGUUACCUUGAGGGACUAAUGGCCAGUACCAUCUCUUCUAAUGCAAGAAAGGGCUGGGAUGCAAUUGAAUGGAUAAUUAAAAAUUCGGAGAGCACAGUAAGCUAGCAGUGCCUCUUCUUAUACUAAGUAAGUAGGAUUCAGGACCAGUUAUUGACACAAUAAUGACAUCGCGAAUGUAACUGUAAGAGAAGAUCAUUGCAUGAUCACCAGAAGAUGUUGUAUGAUCACCAUUAUGGACCAAUGACUCUCCCUUUAUCAAAAAUAUCUUCUGAUAAAAUAUUUUAUAGAAAUAUUUUUUAAAUGAUCAAUUAAUUAGAUGCAAUAAAUAAACAUUGCCUACUUAUUUACACUUUCAUAUUCAUGGUUCAGAUGUUUAAGAGUAAGUUUGUAUCAGUUGACUUUGAAGGUCCUGGUUGGCUUGGGCAACCAGUUAUCAUUACCAGCAUACCCUCCCAGCCAGUAGACUGCCGCCAUCUUGUCAAGGUCAAUUAAGUUACCCUCUCCGGUCAGGAUGACAGCACAGCAAUCUAUGUGUCUGACAUUGAAUUCACAUGUGCAGUUUUUCUGGCAGUUCUAGGAUGGUUUAGCGCAGUUGCCCAAAUUUACCAAGGCUGUUUUACACGUAGGCAACAUAAAACUGAAACCAGACAGCUUUAAGGCUAUAUCACAUGGAGGGAUUGCAGUAAAGGGCCACACCAAUGAUCCAGCUAUUAUACAUAUAUAUGGUCCCCUUCCUGCACAAUGAUUGAGCCAUGUAAUAGGCUCCUUAAACAAGCACUGAUAAUUGUUUGCAUUGGGCAUGGGUCUGCCCAUGUAACACUACCCCGAGGAUGUGGCAACUUUAUCACUCGCUCAGACUUUUUAAGAACGUUGUCAUAGCUUUCGACUCUCUGGUUUCAGUUUUAGGUUAUGUUCACACAUUGUAAAAUUAAGCGAUGGACUUUAUUUCCCUCUCAUGUUUGCAUCUGUAACUAGCAAAAAAAAAAAGACAGCCAUGAAUAAAAAGCCCCCUUAUUUUUGGGGCUGAAAUUAAAAUGUGUGGGUGAAGUUUUUAUACAAGAGAUCAUUGCCUGCAUAAAGAUACCGUGCUUGUCUUAAAUGAGUACUGUAGUGGAAUAUAACUUAUCCCCUAUCCGAAGGAAAGGGGAUAAAUUAUAGAUCAAAGGGGACCCCCCCGAUCUUCUGUACGGGGCCACGGCAGUUUGCAGGAAGCGCUGUGUAAUGAAUAGAAGGUGAUAAAUGACAGCUAUUAUAUAGUACCUGAACUGCACCUUGCCACAAUACUAAUAUUUUAACCCAGUUUGCCUCCGAUUUGCCUUUUUGUAGCUGACUUUCCUAGGUCUUCUCUGCCUACUUUCUAUGUGAAGAUCUAUUUUCUUAAGCAGCUUUAAUGCAUGUUAUUUUUUAUUUGACAAAUCGUAUAGUUGUUGUGAAACAGUUUGUAUUUUAAUUAGCAAAACAAACUGACUGAUACAGUAACAAUGAGUAGUGAGAAGGUGCCAAUGGCUCACGGAUACAUCAAGGAGAAUGCAUGGUACAUGGUGUUUGUUGAUUUAUAAUAUUAUAAGGCUGUUUUAUACUAUUUUCUGCCUAUGUUAUGAUUCUUUAUACAUAAAAGUCAUAAAAAAAAACUAAAAAGCUUUAUUUAAAAAAAUGAAGAUUAAUAUUUGGUGUCAGUGCUCUCCCAGUUUGGAAAGAAAAUGGGCUUUUAGGUUAUUAAAAGCAGUGUUGAGAAUUUGCCACAUUCUUCUUCAGAUUGACUUGCUUCUGCCAAUCCUGGAUAGCUACACUUUGGGCAUGUGUCUGCAAUCACUGGUUUGCUCCAUUCUGCAUUUUCUGGUAUUGUGUAAUGCAUGAGAAUCUGACUGUUUCAUUCUUUUGGGUAGGUGCAGAACUAUGAGCUGAUCACCAUGUGGAUUGUAUCAUGGUAUCCUUCACCCGGCAUUCGUUUAGUGCCUGAGGCUCGUGAUGUUACAGUUACAGCCACACCCCCUCAAUGCAAGUCUAUGGGAGGGGGCGUGACGGCAAUCACGCCCCCUCCCAUCGACUUGCAUUGAAGGGGCAUGGCCGUGACAUCACGAGCGGGGCGCGACUGUGACGUCAUGAGCCUCCGCAUCACCAGUCGCCAUAAAAAUAUAGUCAUUCUGUAAACUGGGCUACAUAUAUAAAGAUGUGUAUCCCCUUACAGCCCUAGAUGUCAAUCACCAUAAGCACAUAACAAAAUGAAAUGAAAAAUAUCAGAUGGCUCUACAUUAGCCACAAAAUAAGAAUUUUUUUAUUUUUUUAAAAUCCCUGGCAUAGGCGUAGAUUCAACUGAUAAAACUCCGACUGCCUGAAACCACCACUAGAGGAAGAUUACUUCUUACGGUCUGAUUGUACUAUAACUCAGAGUAUAAAUGUAUGGAAUAAGCUUCCUCUUGGGGCAUUUAGUUGUGUCUUUUUUUCAGUAUAUGGUACAUUUAAUUAUUGCAGAUGACCCUAUGUGUGAAGUCUGUUUUUUUUUUUUUUUU